AUGCACAGCAAGGAGCAGAUCUGUCACGACGACUACCAGAAGACAGCAGACUGGUUACUGUCCCAGACGAAGCACCGCCCCAAGGUGGCCAUCAUCUGCGGCUCUGGACUGGGCAUGCUCGCUGACACCCUGAAAUGCCAGCAGACUUUCUCCUACUCUGACAUCCCGGGGUUCCCUCACAGCACAGUGAAGGGUCAUGCAGGACGUCUGGUAUUCGGGGAGCUGAAGGGGAAGGAGUGUGUGUGCAUGCAGGGCCGCUUUCACAUGUAUGAGGGGCACUCACUCUGCAAGACCACCUUCCCAGUGCGUGUGUUUAAGCUGCUGGGGGUGGAGACUUUGAUUGUGACAAACGCUGCGGGUUCAUUGGCUGACAGCUAUCAACCCGGUGACAUCAUGAUCAUAAAAGACCACAUCAAUUUUCCUGGACUGAUGGGGCUGAACCCACUGAGUGGACCCAACGAUGACCAGUUUGGACCGCGGUUCCCGGCCAUGUCAGGUGUUUACAAUAAAGACCUGUGUCGCCUCGCCAUGGACAUCGUGAAGCAGCUAGGCGUGGCCCAGUACGUUCAUGAAGGUGUAUACGCCAUGGUGGGUGGACCCAACUUUGAGACCGUCGCAGAGGCCAGACUCCUGCACAGACUGGGAGUGGAUGCAGUGGGCAUGAGUACUGCUCCAGAGGUGGUGGUUGCCGGUCACUGCGGUUUGACGGUGUUUGGACUCUCUCUCAUUACCAACAAGGUUGUGAAGAGCUAUGAGGACACAGCAAGUGUGAAUCAUGAGGGUGUUUUGGAGGUGAGCAAGCUUCGCUCUCAUACACUCCAACAUCUGGUGACGGAACUGAUCAGCAGGAUGGACGUCAACAACAACACUAAUGUCUGA